GUUGAAUUCUUUUGCUAGACUUACUAGCCUUAUUCAGGAAAUGUGACUGCCAUCAAGAUGUUUUGGUAUAGAGUUAAUUUGAACAGAGUUCUGACUGUUAUAACAUCUAUGUACGUUGGUCAAUUUGGUCCCUUGUGCUAGCUGCAUAUACUGAUAAAGAAAGAGUAGUGCUAGUCUGCUGAAGGUGCCAUAUCCGUGUUAUUUUUUUUCUUUUUUUGAGAAAUAGCUGGUAGGAUUAAGAGCUUAGAACACUUGGACACUUUGCUAUCUUUUUAUUGUUCUUUGGUAGUUCCGAGUAUGCUAUUUGCACAUGAAUAUUAUUCUUCCCAUCCAAAUUAUAGUUUCAUGUGUGUUGUGUGCAUAAUUCUUAUUACUUGAUUUUUAAAUUGUAGCUCAACUUGCAAUAUGUCACAAUUGAGUUCCGAUGAGUUCGAAGAUGAUACCAUUGACCCAACAGAAAUUUUCUCUCUAGAAGAUUACUUGGCACAACAGAAUACUCUCAACAACUUUGCUACACAAAUAGCCACAAACAUUCAUCAUACACUAGAAGGUCCAAGUACUAGGCGUCAGUCAGCCCCUAGGACAUAUAUUGACAGGAAGAGAGAAUUUUACAAUGAACUUCUCAUAGCAGAUUACUUCUGUGAUAAUCCUACCUAUCCUGAUUACUACUUCCGUAGAAGGUUCCGCAUGGGAAAACCCCUCUUUCUACGCAUUGUUCAAGCUCUUGGUGAGUGGUCUCCCUACUUCACUCAAAGGGUAGAUGCCCUAGGCCGUCCAGGUCUAUCACCUUUACAGAAGUGCACAGCAGCCAUGCAUAUGUUGGCGUAUGGUGUUCCUGCUGACAAAACAGAUGACCAUAUAAGACUUGGUGCAUCUACGGCACUCGAGUCUCUUGAGAAAUUUGCUAAGGGGGUCAUUGCCAAGUUUGGUGGGGAAUAUUUGCGAAGGCCAACUGUUGAAGACAUUCAACGUCUACUAGAAAUUGGCGAAGCACGUGGUUUUCCUGGUAUGCUAGGAAGCAUAGACUGCAUGCAUUGGGAGUGGAAAAACUGUCCUGUUGGAUGGAAGGGGCAGUUUACACGUGGUGACUAUGGUGUCCCUACCAUCAUCCUUGAGGCUGUUGCAUCCCAUGAUCUAUGGAUAUGGCAUGCCUUCUUUGGUGUCCCAGGAUCCAACAAUGACAUCAAUGUGCUCAAUCAGUCGCCAUUGUUCACUGAAACAUUGCAAGGGAAUGCUCCUAGGGUAGACUACUAUGUCAAUGAGCAACAAUACAAGAAGGGAUAUUAUCUUGCAGAUGGAAUAUAUCCGGAGUGGGCUGUUUUUGUGAAAACCAUUCGGCUGCCUCAAACUGAAAAGGACAAGUUAUUUGCGAAGAAACAAGAAGGUGCGAGAAAGGAUGUUGAACGUGCAUUUGGAGUUCUACAACAACGCUUCAAAAUUGUCGCAGAACCAUCACGGCUUUGGGAUCAAAUAGAUAUCUGCAACAUAAUGGAAGCAUGUGUGAUCAUGCACAACAUGAUACUUGAAGAUGAGAAGGGCGUGGAGUUACCCUUCGAUUUGAAUGAAGCUUUAGGAACAUCCACUGCUCUGCCGCCGACAGCGAUUAGUGGGGCUACACCUUUGUUCACCGACGUGAUUAGAAGAGAUGUUGAGAUACGUGACCGGUCCAUGCACAAUCGACUCAAGCAUGAUUUGGUUGAGCAUAUUUGGAAGAAAUUCGGUGAAGCUACAAACAACUAG